AAAUAACCAUUUCGGUUACAUAACGGUGUAAUCACCGAAUAUAUUUAUAUAAUGUCACCAUAUCAUUCCAGUUAUUGCUUGAUAAAGCGAAGCAGCGUUCGAUUACUGCCAAGUGGCCGCUGGCGAGAUAAAUAAAUUGCGAAUGUAUAUAUAAAAGUGCAAAUCAGCCAGCCGCGGCAGACUAAUUAUUUAUUGUAUGCGAUGAUGGCCGCCUCGAGCACCACCGUGGACGACGCCCCUGAUUGCGAGCAGGCGACCGUGAGCACCGCCAAUGCUGGCUCGCAGACCGUCGCCCUGAAGAGUCUCAGCAGGGAGGAGACCUUUUACACCAGAAUCCGCCCGCUGGCUGUUUUCAACAAGAUCUUCGGCACCUUCCCGCUGGUCAACGUCCUGCAACGAGAUGGAAAACUUCUUCGACACAAGUGGUUGUGUGUCUGGCAGCUGUACGAUUUUUUGCUCUGUGUGGCGGUUUUGUUUCUUUUUUACUACUCGAGCGAGCUUCUCUUGAAGCAGAUGAAAAACGAGGAGGAGAAGGAAAAACUGGCGUUUUGGCUCGGCGCCACCUUUUACUCCUCGGCAAUUAGGGGAGUCAUCACCUUCUUCGUGUCGCACUUCUACGCCCACAAAUAUCCAGAGUUGAUUAGCGCCAUCGAGGAGUACCACUCGGGAAUCGGAGCUUUGAUGAUCAAGGGAAAGACGCAAACUACUUUUCAAAAGGUUGGUCCUAUAAUCGCGUCGAUUUUCCUGCUGGUGAUGUUGGAAACGACCUCGUACAUGUACUUCAGCCAGUUCACCGAGGUUGACGUGGCCGCCGUGCCUGUCGGACUCAGCUUUCUCUUUCUGUACAUGUGGAAGGAGCUGCCCUUGAACAUGAUGAUCUGCAUCCUCCUCCACCUCAUUUCCCGGUUUGACGAAAUUCGGGACGGCGUCCGAGAGGCAAGUUCGUAA